AUGAGUGAAAGUAUUCGUCAACGUAAAAAAAUUAAUGAAAAUGAUGUUCAAUCAUCAAAUGAUGAUAUUAAUCGAAAUAUUAUAAUCGAUCGAGAUGAUCGUCAAUAUCGUAAUCAAUCUUCAAUACCAAUGUCACAAAUGUGUUUGGGUAUAGUAGCAAUAUCUAUGAUUGCUUUAUUAGCUUUUAUACAAUUUGGAUUACCUCAUGAAGAUCAUAUGACAAAACAUUUUCCAGCUUCAUUACCAACAAUGGAUGGCGGACCUUUACUUGUAAAUGAUUUUCUUGCUCAUAGUGAACGAAUUUAUGUUGGUGAAGGACCAGAAUCAAUCGAACCAUUAAAUGGUUUACUUUAUACGGGUUUAAAAAAUGGUUCAAUUGUUGAAUUUGAUCCUAUAACAAGAAAAACUCGUAUUAUUUAUUCAUCACUUAGUGUUGAUGAUCAUCUACUUAAUUGUGGAAAAGAUAAUCUUGAACAUAUAUGUGGUCGUCCAUUGGGUAUUCGUCGUUUUUCUGAUAAUGAACUUAUUGUUGUUCAAGCAUAUCAUGGUUUAUUUAAACUUAAUGUAAAAACAAAAAAACUUACUCAACUUAUAAGUGCUGAUGAUCCAAGAUUUGGUUCUCGUCCAUUACGUUUUGUUAAUGAUGUUGAUGUACUUGAUGGACGUUAUCUUUUUUUUACUGAUUCAGAUUGGUUAUAUCCACGAAAAGAAUUUAUGUCGGUUUUACUUCGAGCUGAUCCUCGUGGAAGAUUAAUUCGUUUUGAUCUUGAAACUGGUAAAGUACGUAUACUUAAUGAUCAAUUAUCAUUUCCAAAUGGUGUACAACUUUCAAUUGAUAAACAAUCAGUAUUAGUUUGUGAAACAACAUUUGCUCGUAUUAUUCGACAUUGGAUUAGUGGUAAUAAUAUGAAAAUUGGUAAAAGUGAAAUAUUUAUUGAUAAUUUACCUGGUAUACCUGAUAAUAUUCGAUUAACAAGUACAGGAAAUUAUUGGAUUGCAUUUGCUGGUGUUCGACAUGUUAAUCAACCAAGUUUUUUAGAUCGUUUACGUAAUUGGCCUCGAUUACGUGCUAUACUUUCGUUCAUGCCAGGUUCAAUAACGAAAAUAUUUAAACGUUUACCACAUCAUGGUAUUGUUAUUGAACUUGAUAAAGAUACUGGUCAUAUUAUUCGUUCAUUACAUGAUGCUGAAGGUUUAAUUGUUCCAUCAGCUUCACAAGUUACUGAAUAUAAUGGUUAUCUUUAUUUUGGAUCAUAUUAUUUAGAUCAUAUUGCAAUUAUGCUUUCGUGUUUGAAAGGUGUAUGUUGUUUGCGUUUUUUACAAGGUACUAAUUAUCCUGAUGUUAUUGUUUCUCAUCGACCUGAAGUUAUACUUGAUACAUCUCGUAUGGGUCAAGAUGUAGUCGUAGUUAAAAAUGGACGACGUUUAUGUGGAACUGGUGCUGCUGUUGCUAAUGCACCAAUCGUACAAAAUAAAGCAUAUUUCGAAGUUAAAUUACAAACACAAGGUACAUGGGGUAUUGGUUUAGGAACUCGACGAACAAAUUUAUCAAAAGUACCAUUAGGAUAUGAUAGUGAAGCAUGGAUUAUGGAUCAAUAUGGUCAAGUUAAAUAUGAUAAUAAAGUACUUAGUCAAUUUAGAACUAAUAUAGAAGAAGGUGAUGUUAUUGGUUUUGCAUAUGAUCACGAAACAUUUCGCAUUUUUGUCAAUGGAACCGAACAAGAACCAUCGUGUCGUGUAACUACACGUGGUACAGUUUUUCCAAUUUUUUACGUUGAUGAAGGAGCAAUUCUUGAUAUUCAAUUUUCAACAUUUUAUUUUCCCCCACCGGAAGGUUAUGAUCGUAUUUUAUUAGAAAAAUCACUCAUAUAA